UCAUGCCGAUACUGGGUAAUGCUAACAAAACGUCACUACAUGUACCUCGUUAGAGAUUCUAUUUACAUUAUAAAUCAAGCGAAGUCUAGGCGAAGAACAACCCCACCCUGAUAGAGCUGUCAUUCGCCAGGCAUGUCAUGUGAUUGUGAGAGCGAAUAUGCCAAACUGUAGGCUUUUACAAACUAUAUAACACAGAUUCACAUCGGAAGUUACUGUUGUCGGGAACACCGAGUUUACAUUUUGUUAAGAUUUUUAGCGUGACGGCUGUCUGUUUUAGUAUUGUGGUCACAAACAGUUUGAUUACAUACAUGCACCGUGGAACACUAGCCAUAUUAUAACAGUCUUAACAACCUCGUAAAACAGACAAUACAACUAAAACCUUGGUAAUAUCAAAAUGGAUUCGACGUUUUUGGCACUGAUUGUGCUUGGGAUUUUCUCCAUUGUCUCUGGAAAGAUAUGUGAGGUUUCGAGUGGAAACACAAACCUGAUCACAUCACUGAACAAGAAGCUGCUGAGGUCUGUGCAGGAUGAAUCAGAGCAGCCCAACCCCAGUGUGUACCUCGGCCUGCGCCUCUCCAGCACACACAGCCUGAGCCUGGAACAGGAGUACCUGACCAAGCUGCAGACCACGCUGGUGCCCAGCCUGAACAGCUCCCUGUCUGAACUCAAGCCCCAGCCAGUCACCGGCCUGCUGGCUCUGUAUGCCUUAACACUGCAAGCUGCGUGCAUAGACCCCAGCACAGCCACUCUCAACGACAAGAAGGUUCUGCAGCACCUCAAGCUACAGCUGCACCAUGAGAAGCAACACAUUGCCAGUUUCAAAAGACCGUUAACCAACUACUACCAGUACAGCCUGGGAGUGCUGUCUCUGUGUGUGAAUGGAGUGCGACUCAAUCCCCACGUCAUCCACAAACUCACUGAGGCCGAGAAGCACGGUGCAUUCCUACACAAAGACUCUGCCAGCGUGGACACUCAGGCAAUGGCAGGGCUGGCGUUUCAGUGUUUGAAAGACUCUGCAAAGUUUUACGAUGCCUUGCUGAACAAGCAUGUCCAGCACACUCUGGAAGCAUUGGAAGCAGAGCUGGUGAAAGCCCAGGACGAGAAAGGGCUCAUCGGGAAUGUGUUUAGUACCCCACUUGCGAUUCAGGCUCUGAUGGCUAUGAAUUCUGUAGCUACUCAGUGCUCUACAGUAAUGGAAACUUUGGAGGCUGAGAUGAGUUUGGGGACCUUUCACAACCCAAUGGCUAUAUCCCAACUACUCCCAGUGCUCCAUCAAAAGACCUAUCUGGACAUUAGCAAAAUGGACUGCACUGGAGAGGACGACAGCCUGGUGCUGGAGCCAAGGCCCCCUGCUGGUGACCUGACCCUUGAGAAGGUGAUGGUGCGUGUGGUGGUGGAGAGCUCAGAACCCAGGCAUGUGAUCUACAGAGGGAGAGUGAGGGUCCCCGAGGGCUCGUCACUGCACGACGCACUGAAGGAGAUGCAGAGACAGAAACCACAGGAAUUCUCGUAUGAGACAGUGGAUAGCCUAUGGGGUCCUUACUUGACCACUGUUGCGGGAGUGAUGACCCAGCACAAAGACCGAACCUACUGGCAGCUCAUCAAGUUUCCAGACACACCUCUGAUAGAAGGCAUUGCAGAUUAUAAAAUUCAACACGGAGACACAUUCAUUUUAAGAAAAAGCAAGUGGUAGUUUGGACAAUGAGCUGUUGCAAUCAUCAGCAUUUCACCACAUGAUUAUUAGAACUUUCACAUUCACUUGUAACGAAUGUAAUUAAUACAUGGAUAACAAACAGAAUGUAUCACAAUGUACUUUAUUCAAUUCCACAUUUAUUUUUUCUAUGAUACAAUUUAAUCUGACACUUAAGGCCUAAUAUUGUGCACCUCAUGUUUAAAUACUCACUGCUUAAAAGAAAAGACAUGUAAUUGGUAAAUGUUUGUUUUCUUGUGAAACAUACCUAAAACAUUAUCAUUUUGUCAUAUUACCCUGAAGAAACUCCUUUAGCAGAAUUACUAGCAAUUGCCACAAAAUGGAUAUGGAACACAUAUUGCACAGUGGUCCUGAUACUCUGCACACUGUUUAGUAUUAAGAUUGGAUAAUGAGCAAGUAUUGUCCAUUGUAUUGCUACUAAUUUGGUAAGAGGUAUGCAACACAAUGCUAUGUUAAAUAAGCCACCUCACAGAUUGUAUUACAUUGUAUAACAUUGCUAGCAAUGCUGAGUUUGCGUGUGUGGGACGUUUGUUUGCAAAAUACAUACUGGUAGAGUCUGCAGACAGCAUUGUGAAUUUUGAAUAUAAACAAAUGUAUAAACUAAACAUGUUUGUGUGUAAAAUGGACUCAUUUUCAACCUGCAUCUACCAAAGAUGUGAUGUAAAGGGUUCUGAAAUGAUUUACAAAACAACUCCAGAAAGACGUUAUGCAGUUCAUGCUGAUCUGGAUAAUCCAUGUUAUCAUUAAGCAGUCACUUCCUGUAAUUUGCAUUCGCUAAAGGGUUGUAACUGGUUAGAGUAGAACUGAGGUAAGGUAAGAUUACAAAGAGAAAAACCAAGAUUGAUGUUGAUCCCUUUUAUUGAACCAGCAAAACAAGUCACUUCUUAGUCGUUUGCAUUUUAAAAGGAACUGGAUACUAACUAGAACACAUGGCCACUGCUGUUUAGAAUGGGUGGAAAUGUGAGUACUACUAUACAGUGGUGAGGUUACCACAGAUGCUUCAGGGUAUUAGUUUUCUGGAUUGCUUUUACUACAGCUCUCUAACAAAGAUAAAGCAAAUGUGAUUUGUUAUUUACUCUGAUUUUUAAUCCUUGAUGCACUUAUUUCUUAAACAGUACACGGGUUAAUGCUGAUGGAAUGUUUCUGAUUAAAAUAAAAUCUGAUUGACAAAAAAAA